AUGGAUUACAUGUGUCCUAUAUGUCUUAGAGAUGAUCGAACUCCAGUCAUCAAACUCAUGUUUUCUGUCUGCGGUCAUCAAAUUUGUGAAGACUGCCUUAAAACUCUUUUUCGUACAGAAACUCAAAUUAAUUGUCCGACUUGCCGCCGACCUUUAAAAAGAGUUGAUUUCUCUUCAAGAUAUUUAGAAGAAAAAGAAGUUGACAAAGAAAAUGAAAUUCGUCGCGAAGUUUUGAAUGUAUACAAUAAGCUUGAAGAUGAUUUUACUGAUAGAGAAUCUUAUGAUGCAUAUUUAGAAAUGAUUGAAGAUAUGAUUUAUGAAUAUAUUUCUCAAAAAAACAGUGAUAUCAUUAAAAAAAAACUUGACCUAGAACGCCAAAACAAUAUUCAAGAGAUCACUCAAAACGAAUCAAGAAAAGAAGAAGAGCUAAGAGUCAUGAGAGAAAACGCAGUUAUUGAGGACUCUAUGUUUGAUGAAAGCUUAAAAGAUAGAGCAAAGGAAAUUAUAUGAGAAAGAGCUCACAAAGUUGAAGAAAAUUUAGUUACUCCCCCCCCCCCCUCCGUGAGCGAACAAAACCAUUAGAAAAAUCGCCAUUUUUUGACCAAAAACCCACCCUCCGUGAGUGAACAAAAAUUUUUUUAAUAGAAAAAAUUUUAAUGGAAAAAAAUUGUGAUAUAUAAGUGAUAAUUAGUAUAAUGAAAUCUAGAGCUAAUUCUGUUUAAUUUUAAACAAAUUGCGUUUUAAAACAUAAAUUUUGCAAAUUAAAUUAAUAUUUGCUUCCCAAUUUUUGCAAAUUAGGAUUUUUUUAAAUUUCGAAAAAAAAAUAUUUUUUAUAAAAUUUAUAUAUAAAUUUUUUUUAAAAAAAAAAAUUAACCCCCCUCCGUGAGCGAACAAAUUUUUUUUGUUCGCUCACGGAGGGGGGGGGGAGUUAGCAAAGAAAUGCCAGAGUGCAAAAAUUUUGAUUCAGUAAAUUUUAUAUAGAGUUAUGACCUAAACACCCUGGAUGAAGAAUUAAGGAAUUUAUUUUUAAAUGCCAGCGGGUUUGAUAUAGAUGAAAUAAAGAGAAGUUCUUAUCAAGAAUUAAUUGAUGGAUUGAAUAUUUAA